CUUUUGUCUGUGUAAGAACACCAGGGUUGGGUCACGUUGUUGAACAGAUAGGCAUCAGUAUAAUUGUACUAAUGCUACUUUGAGUCUGCAAAUAGGCAGUACAGCAGAUUAAUAUACUACUAAAAUUUCAGUAGACCACAGUUAAAAAAUCUAACACAGGUCACAAGUGAAAAUGAGUUUGGUGGUUUGAACGUAAUCCAAGGGGGGUGCUGCUUCACAUUGAUCAAAGCAAUCUUAGGCCCAGUUUGACAAGAUUGUUAAUCUCUGCCCAGGAGUGACCUGGCAAGAGGGUAGCAGGAGUGAUAAAGAUCAGGAAAUAAGGUUCAUUAGCCUGUUUGCACAAGGAAACUUGCAUAUCACAUAUGCUUAGCUAUAGCCAGACUUAUACGUUUUCAGUUCCUUAAGCACUGAAACUCAAAGUACAUUGAAAUAAUUAAGAAAAAGAACCACUAGCCCCUUUUCUCUAUACAUUUCAUGAAACCUGAAUGACAACAUGCGAUAGUUGAUUAAUUCAGUGGGACAUGAACCCCUUAAUCUACUACUUUUAAUACAUUUUAAAGAAGUCUAAAAUGUCCCCUUGAUAGCUUUGAAUUACUGUCCAAGAAUCUGGAAUUUUACAGACUCAGGCCAAAAUUUUAAAAUUUUGGGGCCUAAAGGUGCCUAAAUAAAUGUCUUGUUUUUUCAGAAGUGCUGAACACACACAGCUCCCAUUGAAGCCAACUGGAGCUGUGUAUGCUCAGUAUCUUUGAACAUCAGGUCACUUAUUUAGUUCCUUAAACAUGGAUUUGUGUGCCUAACAUUAGCUACCCAAGUUUGAAGUUUGGCUCUGGUUUACAUCUGUCUAACAAGGAUUUUAGUGCUGAUUUUGUUCAUUUUUUGAUGUUUUGUUUUUUAUGCUCACUGUACAUUCAUGCUCCUGAUGGAAAAUUAAUUUAAAAAACUGAAGGAAAAAAAGUGGAAAUCCAGGAGCGCCACAUGAACAAUGGUAAUAACAAUAAUAAUAAGACUAUGAAGUAUGCAGACCGAGUUCAGAUAUUAAACCUGCGCAGAAAUCUCAACCAGCUUGACAACAUAGCCAAAGAAAAGGAUCUUACCAUUGAAAAAGCAAGAGAAGAGCUCAGUGCCUGCCAGCUGCGGAUCGAAAUGCUAACAAAAGAACGAGAGUGCUCAGAGACCAAAAUAGAAGAGGAGAAAGAGGCUGGAAAUACUGCUGCCAUAUUCCACCUACAGGCAAUGCACAGACGACUGUGUGCUGAACUGGGGAAUGAAAAGGAACUUGAAUUGAAAAUUGCUUCGAUGCUGAAAGAAAAUGUGUAUGAGAUGUGGCAGAUUGAAAUUGAGCAGGGGAAAUUUGGAAGCCUCCGGGAACAACUUGAGCAGGAUGAGGAGGAACUAGAGAGAGAGUGCAAAGAGCGGGCGGAACAGAGGAUUCAGAAAGAAAAGACUGCAGCCCGGCUGGCAGAACGAAAACAACAGGUUGGAAAAAGAAAAGAAAUGGAAGCCUGUGAGGCGUAUGAGAGAAGACAUCAAAAAGUAGUCGAAGAUGCACACAGGAAUCAUGAGAAAGCGGUCCAGUUUCUGAAAAAAUCUAUGUCAAGAAUUCGUCAGAAAGAAGCAAAGGAAGAACUGAAAACUCAGAAGCAUAUGGAAAAAAGGAUGCAAGCUGUGCUGUCCCUGAAAAACAACAUAACUUCCAAUAGGGAAACCCUUCGAACCCUCCAGGUGAGGGACAAAGCAAAGGCUCUUGAGGCAAAAAAGCAAGAGAUGAAGAUGACAGGGGCUAUUCUGGCAGAAGGAGGUGACGUCACCAAGGAGAUUUUUCUCCAUAAACAGCGCGUUGAGUUAGAAAGGCAGAAGCAAGAAUUUACAGAACAGCAGAAAUCUAGAAAAAUUGAGAUUGUAGCUCGGAUUUUGCAAGAGGAAGCGUAUGUAGAGAAGCAGAAAAAACAUCAAGCUCGGGCAGAGGCACUUAGAAGUCAGGGUAAACUUCAGGAUUCCUUACAGUGGAGAAUCAAAACAUGGCAGUAUAUUGAGAAUGCCUGUGAAGAUCCAGCUGCAGCAGUACUGCAGAAGUCUUGGCGCACUCCAUCAGCUUGUUCCUUAGUUGAUGACAAAUCUAGUUCUGUGGUGGAUUUUUCUGAAAAAGCAUUGCAAGAUACGAGCUAUGAAAAUGAUGAUGAAGAGGCGAAUGAGACUCUAGCUGAGCCAGAGUUUACAGGACUUUGGAGUCAAGAAUGUAACUUAUACAAGGUACCAAAAGAUGAAACAGAUCCGAAACCACUAGGUGCAAGUAAAAUGGAAAAAAAGAUUUUCACUGAAAACUUGGAGAAACUUCGAAGUGGAAUUAUUCGCAAACAAGUUGUGUCCGGUCAUGAAUUUAAGGGGUGUCCUUUUUAUAGCAAACCAAGUCUUAUUCACUUCAAGGAUUUUGAUGUUGGUAAAACCUACAAAAAGAAGAUAAUUUUGAUAAAUGCAUCCUACAGUGUUAACUUCUGUAAGCUGGUGGGAGUCAGUGAGCAUCUCAAGGAUUUCAUCAAUAUUCAGUUUGAUCCACCUGGCCAGAUGUCUGCUGGAAUGUCAUGUGAAGUGGUGGUAACAUUUAAACCAAUGAUAAAUGAAUUUCUUGAAGGAAAAGUCACAUUUUUGGCUCAGAAUGGUUCCUUUUCCAUUCCAUUGAAAUGUACAACCAAGAGAUGUGUUCUGGCACUAGAUAAAGAGCUCAUUGACUUUGGCACUCACGUGGUGGGGGAGACAAUUUCACGGACGAUCAUCCUAACAAACCGUGGCGCUUUGGGAACGAGAUUUAAACUUCAGACAUCAGCGGGUGACAAUGGCACGUGCACAACAGCGAAAUCUUCCCUCGAAAGAAUGGUUAAUCCAGCUUUGGAUGGCAUCACCUCUGAAGAGAAAGCUAGCAGCAGUCCUGUGGAAUCAUCUAUAUAUGAAAACAAGGAACAAGUUUCUCCAGUCCAUACUGAAGAAGUUAGGCAGACUUGCAUGGUGGGUGAGAGCCAGAAGAUGGAAAACAACCUGGGCAGCAGCCAUGUAGAACAACUUAGUCAAGAUGCAUUAAUCACCGAGGCAGAUCUAGAGGCAGAAAAUGCACAAAGCCCAGCGGAACCACCGCCUGAAGAAGCACCCAUUGAAAUUACACUGGGCAAGGUUACAGAAGGUGAAGUUGGACCCUUCAGCUCAAUCAAACUUCAGAUUAUUUUUACCCCUUCUGUCCCUGGGGAUGUACAUGCAGAAUUUGAGAUUGCAUUUGACAACCCAAACUGCAAACCACUACACUUUGCUGUCAUUGGAGUCUCUGUUGAUGUUCCUGUUUGGGUGCCCAAUCCGAAUGUUGAUCUAAAGAUCUGUAUGUACGACCGGCUCUAUCAAGACUGUAUCAUUAUUCGAAGCAGAGCAAAAGCUGCUCUACGCUUGAAGUUUGAAGUAUGCAAAGAACUGAGUAACCACAUGGAGCUUCUUCCGAAAACAGGUUACAUUCAAGCCCAGUCAUCCUUCAGUGUGCAGCUCAAGUUCCUGCCCAGACACUCUCUUCCAGAAGAUGCAGGAAAAUAUUUUGACAGAGAAACCAGGGUUCUGGAAGUUCCAAUGACAAUAAUGAUUGCUGAUAAGACUAAGCCAGUUGAAUUUAUUGUCCAUGCAAUUGUUACUACCUCUGAUUUGGAAAUCAGUCCAGCUGAAGUGAAUUUUGGUUACUGCACUAUCUAUGAAGCUGUUCAGACAACCAUAACUCUAACAAACAAAUCCAUCUUGCCACAAGAGUUUGGCUUUGUUGGACUCCCUGAGUUUGUAGAAAUUCAACCAAGUGAUGGAUUUGGAAUUCUCCUCCCCCUGGAAAGCCUGAACCUGGACAUAAUCUUCAAAGCCAGCAAGGCAAAGGAAUACAGUUUUGAGCUGACCUGCAAGUCAGAGAUUAAUCGACAAUUCAAGCUGUCAUGCAAAGCAGUUGGAGUCCACCCACCUCUUGAGUUGUCUCAUUCCUUAGUCAAGUUUGCAGCAACAGCUUUAAAUGAUGUAUCUACAGCAACACUGUAUGUAAUAAAUGCACAUGUGAGCCUCAACUGCUUUACUCAUGCUGUCCCAAGGAUUGGCAAAGGGGAAAUUGCCCCUGUUGGACCCACUUCCUUUGAAUUCCUUGUGCCAGAAGAUUCUCCUGUGACAAUUAUGCCUUCUGUUGGGACAGUUUUACCAGGGAAGAAAUGCUUGAUACAAGUGUACUUCAGACCAGUGUUGUCAGAGCAGCUAAUCAGAGAAGAGGCAGUUCAGAUGCUGUGCAGGGCAGAUGCAAAAAGGACAAUGUUGAAGAAGAUUCAUGAAUCAGAAAUGCAAAAGAGGAAAGACGAAACUGUGGCAGGAAAGAAGGAUGGAAAGAAACCAAGUUUUGCCGCUUUGAGACAGCCUUUGAGGGUCAGAAGCAGUAAACAUGCAGCUGCUAGCAGUGGCUUUGAGCCACCAAAACCAGAAGAAAUAAAAACCAACUCUGAAGAAUAUAUUGCAGCUCAGUAUUCCCUGAUCAGGAAUUUCACAGGAACGUUUGAGAGAUACAUCAUACCUUGCUUUGUUGCAAGUGGAGAUAUUGAUGAAAAGAAAGGAUCUGAAAAUCUUAAGUACAGUCCUUAUAACACCUUGUACCUAGAGUUGCACUGUCCUGCUGUAGCACCAUCUGUUGUGGUCACUUCAAAUAAUGGAAAAAACAUCGUCAACUUUGGGGAGGUCGCAGUAGGCCACAGAGUAAUCAAACGGAUUACAAUACAGAACAUCUCCCAGGAGCAGCUAGCACUAGGAUUCUCCAUCCUGAACCCCAAUGGGCCCUUCCUAUUGGUCAGUCCAGUUGGCACUCUUGAGCCAGGGGAAAACCAGUUUCUCUUCAUCUCUUUUUGUCCAAAUGAGAGUAAAUUGUUCUUUGAAACUCUGGAUAUCAGGAGCAUAAAAGCCACCUUGACCCUCAGUAUUAUUGGCCAGGGGGUGGCUCCAUCAAUUGCUUGUUCUGUGGAAGGAGAAGUGCUUGAUAUGGGAUAUGUCAUAGCCAAAGAGAAGGUCACUUCCACAUUCAAGAUACAGAACACUUCCACUCUGCCCCUGAGAUAUUCCAUCAAACUAGAGUCACUCUCACAAACAAGGGACAAAGAGCAGCAGAGACUUCCCUUCUUCAUCACGUCUCCCCCAGGAUGGACAGAUUUUGUUGGUACACAGAACUAUAGUGGUUUAAGUGUGUUCAACAUAUUUCCAGUAGAGGGCGUAAUUGAGCCUGGGAAGAGUCAAGAUUUCACUGUUACCUUCAGUCCAGACCAUGCAAGUUUGUAUUAUUCUGACUGCCUCAAGGUUGUGCUCUUUGGCAAGGAAAUAGCUCGUGAGAUCUGGCUGAAGGGUGCUGCAAGAAACCAUAUGAUGUUUGUGGAAGGAGGGGAUCCAUUGGAUGUUCCCUUGGAGUCUUUGGCUAUAACAUCACCCAUGUCUGAAGAAGCAGCAAAAGGAGAGCUGGAAGAACCAGCAAAGUCCCUCCUCCUGAGCCUGGAGUACAUCCAGGGAGAGACCUCUGGGACUCCGGCAGUGAGGGAGCUGAAAAUCGGGGCUAUACGGACAGCUCAGUUUGCAUCAAAGAAGAACGUAGAAUUCAGUUUGGAUAGCCUACCAGUCCUGCAGCAGAAGGGAUUUACCAUCGAGCCUGUUAAAGGAACAGUGGAUCGUGGUCAAAUCAAAUGCAUCAGUGUUUCUUGGGUGCCACCUGCUGACUUUGAUCCAGAUCACCCUUUGAUGGUGGCAGCUGUACUCACCUUAAAAGGAGACAUUAAAGAAUCUUACAAAGUCCUCUUCAUAGCCAGAGCUGUGUGCACAUGAACUCCCACCAAGUGAAGAAUCCAAGCUAAACCUUGCAAAGAAUCACCUGAGGAUUGCUCAGGCUGGUAACUCAUUAUUAGAUCUCAGAAUGUAAGGAGCUGGUGCAAGAGACUUCAGAGAUCAUUUUAGUUUGUACAUGCAAAGAUGUGAUCGCUGCAGAAACAUUUCUGCUUUUGUAUGAACUCUAGGAGUGACAGCUUUCAAAAUGAAUUUCUUCAAAGAACUGCUUUGUAGAGUGUGUAGAAGAGACCUUCUGAACACAGAAAAGAUGGCUGAUGGUGUAUUAUCCUAGUUAUGGACCUAAGCCUGAGAGAUACCAUGCAUCUACAACUGCCCUGAACUCCAGUGUCAGCUCAGACCCAGAUUUUUAAAGGUAUUAGGCAUUGCUGUGCUCAGUGUUGCA